CUUCGGUACUCCAUGGUUUUGUGUAUGAGCACUGAAUGAUGAAUGAAAUCACAGUGGCAUAAACAAUAUUGAAGUUGGUGUGGGGUGCAGUGCGAUAGUAGCUAGGAGAGGAUGAGGAACCAAGACGGGGUAUUUCAUAGGGCAAAGCCUUUCAUAGCUGUUGUUUUCUUGCAGUUUGGAUUCGCCGGAAUGGACAUUUUAACGAAGGUUGCACUGAACAAGGGAAUGAGCAAUUAUGUGCUUGUAGUCUAUCGCCAUGUUGUUGCCACCGUUGUCAUCGCCCCUUUCGCAAUCAUUCUUGACAAGAAAACAAGGCCAAAGAUGACAGUUUCAAUCUUCGCCAAAAUAUUGCUGCUCGGCCUACUAGAACCAGUUAUCGACCAAAACCUAUACUUCAUAGGGUUGAGAUACACAUCAGCAACAUUUGCAGCAAGUAUGUGCAAUAUUCUCCCAGCCAUAACCUUUCUAAUGGCAUGCAUUCUCAGGCUUGAGUGGGUGAGUAUCAAGAGCACCCAUAGCCAAGCCAAGGUAGUUGGAACCUUAGCAACAGUUACGGGGGCCAUGCUCAUGACAUUGACAAAAGGCCCAAUGAUCGAUUUGUUCUGGACUGAAGGAAGAACACAUCAUGAAGCAAAAGGAAGUGUGAAUCAUAACGGGAUCUCCCUUCAUAAUUCAAUCAAGGGUUCUCUCAUGAUCACAGCUGGUUGCUUCAGCUGGUCUAUUUUCAUCGUUCUUCAAGCAAUCACCCUAAGAACAUAUCCUGUUGAGCUCUCCCUUACGGCUUGGAUAUGCCUUGUGGGCACAGCCGAGGGUGCCAUAGCAGCGCUUGUGAUGGAGAGGGGAAACACUUCCAUUUGGUCUAUAAGCUGGGACUCAAGACUUCUGGCAGCACUUUACAGUGGCAUAGUUUGUUCGGGCCUAGCUUACUACAUUCAAGGUGUGGUAAUGAAAGACAGAGGCCCUGUUUUCGUGACUGCCUUUAAUCCACUAAGCAUGGUUAUUGUUGCUAUAAUAAGCUCGUUUGUUUUGGCCGAGCAAUUGUACUUGGGAAGGGUAAUGGGCGCAAUUGUGAUAGUUGCAGGCCUGUAUCUUGUGGUAUGGGGCAAGGGAAAGGAUUACCAAACCUCCUCCCCAUUGCUUGACGAAGAAAAAACUGCACCUGCUAAGCAAAUCAUACUUCCAGGCAGCGGCGACAAAGAAAAUCCUAUGCAUGAGGUAGUCAUUGUGCCUAGCAGAGGACAUGAAAAUGGAGAUGAUGAACAGAGUCGUCAGAUACAUGAUAAAUGAUAAGAACAAGCACACAAGUGUCUAGGUUUCAAAUUCCUUCUCGAAAAAUUCACGCAAUUGAAACCAACAGCAGUAGCAAUGAAGUCACAUAGUUAUCAUAUCCUUCAGUUAUUUGGAUAUAGUCAUUUUUUUUUUUUUUAUUCAGAUGAUUUUAAACUUGGAUCCUUCUGUGGAGCACCAUCAAUUGAAAUUGGUUGACCACAAGAAGUUGUAAAACAAUUAUAUCAUGUUUGGUUUGCAAAAUAGAAUGGAAUGGGAAAAAAAAAUGGAAUGAAUAUUUAAAUGA